AUGGGUGGACCUUCAAAUGUUGUGCCGGAAAUUGACGUCACACCGGCCACCUUUGCACCACAACCACCUCCGAUGGGUUUCGAAAACCCAAUCCCUACUUACCCAAAUAUGACUGGUUAUAACCCAUUCGAGCCACAAGCUCCUACAGGUUAUAACCAACCACCUGCUUACGACCCAUACGUCAAAGCAGUUACCUAUAAUGCUCUCUAUCCUUCACCUUUCCCACCUGCAUACCCAACUGGGUAUCCUGUCUAUGGGUAUCAAUACCCUCCACCACAACCACAACCUCAACCUCAACCUCCACCCCAACAACAACUAGAAAUUUUACAAAGGGUGCAAAAUGUUGAAUGUAGGGUGGAUAGAGGUGAGAGAAAGACCACAAAGUUUCUUAAAGGUCUUUCAAAAUUUAUCAAGGGAAACAGAAAUGACGAUUGA